CAGUAAUAAGUUUGUAGUUAUUACAUUCGUGGAUCGUGGUUCGUUGAUGAUCGUCAAUACUAAAUAAUUUAUUUAAAUUAACACACAAAAAUUGAUAUUAAAACAAAAGUAUUCAAUAAAUCAACAAUAUCAUAAGUUAUUUGUGCGCUCAUUAAAUUCAACUUUCAAAAUGUCAGGUUGUGGGCCAGGAUACCGUAGUCCUUUGGAGGCAAUGAAAGGUCCAAAAGAGGAACUUAUUUAUAUUGUUUGUAUACAACCAGAUAAAAAUCGUCAAAAACCUGAUUAUUUAGCAACAGUUAAUGUGAAUCCAGCAUCGUCAACAUACUGUCAAGUAAUCCAUCGCACCUAUAUGAAAUAUGUUGGCGAUGAAUUACAUCACAGUGGUUGGAACAUUUGUUCAAGUUGUCACGAGGAUUGUACACGUAAACGUGAUAAGCUUGUGUUACCAUGUUUAUUGUCUGAUCGUGUAUACAUUGUCGAUACUGGCAAAAAUCCACGGGCACCCACUUUACAUAAGGUUAUUGAGCCUUCGGAAUUGCAUAAAUUCAAUGUGUCUACCCCGCAUACGACCCAUUGUCUGGCAACAGGCGAUAUAAUGAUUUCCACAAUGGGUGAUGUGGAAGGAAAUGGAAAAGGAGAUUUCGUAUUAAUAGACUCUGAGACCUUCAAAGUGAAAGGUACUUGGACGGAUGGUAAAACAGCAAAAUUUGGAUAUGAUUUCUGGUAUCAACCAUAUUGGGAUGUAAUGGUUUCCUCAGAAUGGGGUGCUCCAAAAAUAUUUAAAAAUGGAUUUCAACCAUCCGAACCACGUGAUUUAUCAAUUUAUGGACGAUCGAUAAACUUUUAUUCGUGGUCUGAGAGGAAAUUAUUGCAAACCAUUGAUUUAGGUUUUGAUGGAGUUGCGCCACUUGAAAUUCGUUUUCUUCAUGAUCCAAAAGCUUCUGAAGGAUAUGUUGGAUGUUGUCUUAAUGGCAUUGUAUUUCAUUUUGAACGUACGCAUUCGGGAGAAUGGUCUGCAACGAAAGUUAUAGAAGUUCCACCAAAAAAAGUUUCUGGUUGGCCUGAGGAAUAUAUAAAAGCCAUGACUUCUGAUAUUCUGAUUUCUUUGGAUGAUAAAUAUUUAUACAUUAGUAACUGGCUGCAUGGAGAUGUAAGACAAUAUGACAUAACCGAUAGAAAACAUCCAAAAUUAACAGGACAAGUCAUUCUUGGCGGCAGUGUUUUAAGUGACUCAAAAAUAAAAGUAAUUGAAGACAAAGAAUUGAAAUCACCACCAAAUCCAGUGUAUGUUAAGGGCAAACGAUUACAUGGAUCAUCACAAAUGAUUCAAUUAUCCCUGGAUGGAAAACGUUUGUAUGUAAGUUCCAGUUUAUUUUCACCAUGGGAUAAACAAUUUUAUCCUGAUAGUAUUAAAUUUGGUUCAUGGAUUGUUAAAAUCAAUGUGGAUACAGAAAAUGGUGGAAUGCGUCUUGAUGAUAACUUUUUAGUGGAUUUCGGAGCUGAACCUGAUGGACCUGUUCUUGCACAUGAAAUGAGAUACCCAGGAGGUGAUUGUACAUCUGACAUUUGGCUUGCUAAAUGAGAUUUGGUAAAAAAAUUGAU